UUUUUUAGACGGGAGCUGGUCGGUCAACACGUGGGGAGUAGAGCUCGACUUUCCACCGGUACUCGGUUAAAAAUCUCUCACUGUCAGGAUCUCUCUCAUCGUGGCGGCGCCGAGGACCCUAAAAUUCUGUGUAGCCGCUAGCGUCCUGUGGAAAUGCCGCUGAGGUUUCGCUCUGUUGUGCCGUACACGCUUCCCGGGAUCCUGGCGCUGAUCGGCUGGUGGUGGUACAUCUCGCGGAAGAAAGAGCGCCUCAUCUGCCAGGACGGCCCCGAAGGGGCGGCGGCCGCUGCCGCCGCGGGCCACCUCCGGUCGUCCCCGGCGGAGGGAAGCAACGGCCUGGUGGAGAAAGGCUCCGUGUCCCCCACAGAAAACACCGGAAGCCCCACGCACAGACCUGCUAAGGUCGGCAGUCAGCGCGAGCAUGAGGACAUUUCCCACCUGCAGGUCCAGCACAGCGAAGCGGCGCCGCCACAGGACGCCGCCGCACCUCAGAUUGGCAGAAUAACCACAGAGGAAGUCCAGAAAUGGUCGUCAGAGGACGGCUUGCAGAUCUCCCAGAAUGCCCAGACGGGCACGGAGAGGAGCUCCCCGGCGCUGGAGGAACGCCUCGUCGAGGAGGUCGUCUCCGCCCAGCAGUCUACCAAAGUCGGCAGCUCCUUCCCCACGGCGGCGCCGCCCUCCGAGGCGCAGCGGCCGGAGCCGGAGGGCGAGGUGGCCAAACACCACGGCGGCGGCGGUACCGCUGCGCAGGAGGAGGCGUCCGACUUCACCGUCACGCCGGGUAAAGAUUGGAGGACGAGCGCGUCGGAGAUCAGCGCCGCGGAGAUGCCGCUGCUGGAGUUACACCAACACGUAGUCACCAGCACGCCCAACGCCGCGCCAGAGUCGGCCGCGAGCGACAUCCAGCUGCACCGCGGCGCCCCGGACGAGCAGGAGGAGCGGGACCUGGAGCUCCUGGCAGCCGGACUCAUAACCGAGGUCAUCUCGGCAGCCACCCAGGAAGUCCUCGGAGUCACUGGCUGCCAGGCCGCCGACAUCGGCGGCGGCGGCAGGAUCCAGCCGCUCCAGGAGCCGGUCGCGUCGGCGCAGCAGCACCUCCUCGCCGGCCGCGAUUGCAUAGAGACGCCGGAGAAAGUGGAGCCGGCGAUGCCCAACGGCUGCUCCUCAGCCUCCAUUUGGGAGCCACUGGAGGCCAGCCGGCGGCUCCACCAGACACACGACGCGCAGAGGGGCCACUGGCCCGUGGCCUCGCCGCUGUCGCGGACCGCCGCGCUGAAGGGCGACGAGUCGGCGGCGCUGGCCGAGGACUCGGCCUGCAGCACGUGCCACUCGGAGGACGGGCUGAGCAGCGAGGACCUGCAGAGCAGCGUCUUCCACAGCCAGAGCGGCAUCCAGGUGUCGCACCUGGCCGAGAGGGACGCCGCGGGGCCGCAGUCGCUGGUGGAGGGCAUCACGGAGGCGGCGGUGCUGGCCGCCGCCGCGGUGGCGGCGGACGACUCGGCGGAGGCGGCGUGCGAACUGAAGCGGCUCAACGGGAUGGGUCUGAGGAACGGCGCUCACGGGACGAGCGAGGCGGAGACGGACCAGUCCGGAGGUUCUGACGUCAACAGCAUGGACUCCGUGGACAGCGGCUGCACGAUGGGCGUGGAGAGUCAGGGCAACCACGCCGCCUCCUCCAGCUCGGAGCUCAUCGUCUGGGAGAUCGAGGUGCCAAAGCAUCUUGUGGGGCGGCUGAUCGGGAAGCAGGGGAGAUACGUGAGCUUCCUGAAGCAGAACUCCGGUGCAAAGAUCUACAUCUCCACUCUGCCUUACACACAAGAGUUCCAGAUCUGCCACAUAGAGGGUACGCAGCAGCAGGUGGAUAAAGCCCUGGCUCUGAUCGGGAAGAAGUUCAAAGACCUGGACCUGACCAAUCUAUACGCCCCGCCGCCUCUUUCACUGCCUUCACUCCCCAUCACCUCCUGGCUCCUGCUGCCCAGCGGCGUGACGGUGGAAGUGAUCGUGGUGAACAUCGUGUCGGCCGGCCACGUCUUCGUCCAGCAGCACACACACCCCACCUACCACGCCCUGCGGAGCCUGGACCAGCAGAUGUUCCUGUGCUACUCCCAGCAGGGCACCCCGGCCCUGCCCUCGCCUGCCGAAGUGGGCGUGAUCUGUGCGGCGCCGGCGGUGGAAGGAGCCUGGUGGAGAGCGCAGGUCAUUUCCUUCUACAGCGAAAGUAACGAGGUGGAGAUCCGGUACGUGGACUACGGAGGCUACGACAGAGUCAAGAUCGACACACUACGGCAGAUAAGGUCUGAUUUUGUAACACUACCGUUCCAAGGUGCUGAGGUAUUACUUGAUAACAUCGCCCCACUUCCAGGAGAGGACCGUUUCUCGGCCGAGGCCACGUCUGCGCUGGAGGAGAUGACCAGAGGAGCGGCGCUGCUGGCUCAGGUCUCGAACUACGACAACAACACGGGGCUCCCGCUGGUCCAUCUCUGGAACAUGGUGGGGGAGGAGGUGAUUUCGGUGAACCGCACGCUGGCAGAGAGAGGUCUGGGAGUUUGGGUGGAUGGAUUUUGAACUCCUAAAAUGCCCUCCUCUUUGAACUAACCGCCCACCACCACCACCCCCGCCUCCCUCCACCCUCUGAGCCUCUGUGGACGGCAGUCUGGAACCGGAGCUCACCGACCGGAGAGUCCCGACUCCGCCACACGCCGCCCGAUCGAAGAUUGUUUUUCUUUUCUCUUAUUUUUUUUCCCCCCUCAGUUUGUGCUCUUCUUCUCUCUCCUCCCCAGCUCAGCUCCUCAUUCCUUCCACGAGAAAUCGAGUUUGCAGGGUUUUUUUUUUUCUCUCUGCUUCCGAGUGAGACCACCUUCCACCUCUUGUUCGUGUGCACUAAGAACAUGAAGCAGGAAAGGAAGCGGUACUUGUCAUUUUUAAAAAAAAAAAAAAGAAGAAGAAGAAAAUCUAUAUUGUAACAGAAUAAUGGCUCCAGCUCCACCUGUUGGUUUGGUUUUUUUUUUCGGGCCUUUGCACAUUGACUGCAGCUCAUUACCUCCCUGUGGACAACUUGGAUACAUCAGAUGAAAAUCUCAGUGCAGUCGCCUGAAGGUCGGUCCAUUUCAAAGCUGGUAGGGUGGAGAGGUGGUGGGUACGGAGGAUCUGAGUGGUCUCUUCCAGCCUCUCGGGGGCGGUCCGGCUGCCUUCUCACUCCACUUUAUUCCCCACCACAACCUGCACGCCGUCUCAGAAGAGCCAUAAAUCCAACACAGGUUUUACUUACAGGAUUUCUUUUUCUCUCUGGCAUCGUCAUGUGGAUCUUCCUCAUGCUCCGUUUUUUCUUGUAAGAGUGGCAGAAAAGAUCCAGUUUUUCUUUUUCUUGUCAGAGCACCUGCGGAUCCCAAAGUCUUCUCUCUCCAAAAUCAUAAAAGCUGAUUUUUUUUUUUUCUCCUUCCCUCAAGAUUGAAAGAACCAAUUGUGGAAACUCUAUAAAAGAUUGUGUGAUUUAAUGGCACUAUAAUCGAGUCUGACUGCAUUUUUAAAACACUUAAAUGGUUACUGUUGUAAAUCUGAAGGGAAUCAAAGCUGCUAGACGUCUGUUGACUCCUGACAUACCAUUACCUGUUGAUACUCAUCGUGUUCUCACAUGACUGUGUCUGACGCGUGUCUGCUGGUUUGAAUCCAAAGAAACGGUGAACUUCUGAGCUAAGAUGAAAACACUUAAUCCAUGAGGCACUACAUCAGACUUUAUUUGCAGCGUAAGAAAAACUGCUACAUUUGUUUGUGGGGGGGGGGAAUUGUCACGGUUGCUCUCGGGUGUUAAAACGCACCAUGAGGCAAAAAGAAAUCCCAAACUUCCCCAUUUCAGAUUAUCAGGAAGCUGCUCUGACUCCAGGUUUUCCCUUCCCCAGCAGUAUUUUUUUAUAAACAUCACGGCUCAUGCCCUGAGUUUAGCACUUUAAUGCAUGCUAGAAGGUGAAGCUGGUGUCAAAUUACGCUCCACCAGAAGUCAUCACCUUACUGAAGCAGGCGAAUCAGAAGACGGUGAGGGAGCACUUAAAGGUGACGUAUGUAGAGAGCAGGGAACAGACCGUCGGUAAACUGAAGUGAAGCCUUGAUGUAACUGGUGUCGAAAUGUUUGGUGCGACACGGCGGUGCUGUAAACCACCCUAUCGUCCCGCCUGUUCGGUUUAGAACUGCAGGAAUACGAUAUGGGUUAAUCGAAACCGAUCCUUCUCUCAACUUUUACUGAAUUUCCUGAUAUUUGAGGUUUUGCCAAAGCGACCUGAAUAUUAUGAAACUGACAGAAAAUGGUCUAAAAUUCAAAGUUUUGAUGAGUUUGUCUGGGAGGUCCCUCCCAGUGGGUGGAAGUCUUGACUUGUACUUUCGGUCGUCACCGGGGGGUCAUGAGUAGACGCUUCUGGACUGUAAUGUUUUCUUUCAUGUCAUAACGGAGCCACCUUUGUGAUACGUGGCCCUCCAAAUUGGUGAACGGAGAGUUAAGGAUGAUUUGACCUGUUACGAAUCUGACGCUUAAGCUCCUGAAUCAUUGUUUUGUGUGGUUAAUGUCUCAUGAGGAAGGCCUCAUUAGGAUGUGAUCGAACCUGUAGUCCGACUCCCUGAACCACGGCGUUGGUGAACUUGUAAAGUCCGAAUCACUUUUGACUGACAUUGGCAUGGCUGGAAGAGCUGUGAUCUUAACUCGAACUGAUGAUUUGUUGUUAGACGGAGCCCCCUGAGGGUCCACCGCUGCUCCCAUGAAUCCGUCUUUCACACGUUUCUCAGUGAAGUCGACGUCAGACCUUCCAUAUGCUUGCACUUCUCUGUCGGACUGAACCCUGUGAGGGAUUAUCUGCCAGUGACUGUAAUUCUAAAUAACACAACCCCCGUGUCCUUUCUUUGUCUUUCUUUUUGAGUCUUUCUAAUGGGAAUUAAAUCACUGUUACUCUAGCAAUAAGGCAGCUUUGUGUUGACUGAUUGAAGGACAGAUCGGAGAAAGGGUAACUUUAGGUGUUAAAUUUGACACAACUGAGCUAAACUAGGUGAGUUAAGUGCAUACAUGUUGUCAAGCAACACUUUAAUAAUUCUUCAAUAAUGUAUCUCAGGAAUGGGCAGUGUGACGGUCGAUUGGUGAAUCGACUUCUUGACAGUCGAAGGGAAAAUGGGAUGAUUCGGUUUGUUUUUUCCGACGUAGAGAAAUGGGACUUGUGGUUGGACGGACCUGGAGGGAACCCGCAUGCUGGUGCUGGAAUUGGAGCAGUAGCCAUAUUGUCUGUAGCUCGUGCGAGUCUCUGCUUUCCGUCUCUGCUCAGUCUUUCCUUUUUACAGGCCCCCUUCUUUAAUCAUGCCACGCUUGUACACCCCCACCCACUGUCCAGAAAACCUCAGCACACCUUAAAGGUCCAGCUCGAGUUUGGUUCAUUUCUCUGUAAAUAAGAUAUUAGACUGUACUUUUCUAUAACACUGGAGAGAAAGCGAUAUAAAGGGAACAUGUUUUACUUUUUGGUUUCUGUUUGCUUCGUUCUGGUUCAUCCCGCCUCCCCGCCGUCGCUCACUCCACCGUCUAAAGCUGUGGGACUGAGUGAGAAGUGUUUGCAUAGAUAGACAAGUCAUCAUUUGGUUAUUUAAAAAUGGGUGUUGAGCUGUUGUGCCCAAAAGCAUUUAACAUGUACAGAUCAGUUUGUUUUCUUUUUGUUUUUUGUUUUUUGCUAGGCUCAUCAAGUUUGAUUUGUUGAUUGUACAGAUCUAUUAGGGAAAAAAUAAAAGUUAUUG